CACUUCCAUCUCAAAGCUGCCGAUUUACCUUUUAUCUCACCGUAGUCUAUUCUACCGGUAGUAUUAUUGUCAUUGCACGAAACAAGCUAAGAAAGCUUUGUUACUACAGUACGGUACAUCUCAUCAAUAGAGGGUAGACUACAGCUGUCUAGUAGAGAGCUAGCUAGAGCAACCUGUUGAGGAAGUAUGACAAAGAAAGAAGGACCGAAAACCACUGAUAAGAAGUCCUCGAAGAAGCCUGUUCGUCAAGAGGACGACUCUCACUCAGAUGAUGACGACUAUGACGAUCCCAAUGCGAGCUUGUUGAAUCGAAAAUCAAUGCGGCGGUCCGGCAAGAAUACUGAAUUCGAUCCUCUCUCUUCCAGUUGGGGUGGCCAGAAUCCAAGAGAAUGGCAGAGACCGUAUUGGCUUGGUGGGAGUCUCUGUCUUAUUUUGUUUGCCUUUUGGAUGUUGGAUUCAUUAAAAGAUCCAAUAUUUGGUGAUUUGGUGAAUGGAAAUCUUCAAAGACAUCAACCCAUUGCCAAAUUGGUCAGUGUGGCGACCACAUUGGCGUUAGUGGUUUUUCUGGAGUAUUUAUCCCAUGCCAAAAAAGAAAGGCAACGACGGCUGGAAGCUCUGCGACAACGGAGCAAUGAAAGUGUACUUGAGGGUGGAGGCACUUGGACGCGAAUGGGGUUUCAAGAUGAUGAAGAACCCCCCGAAGUGCAAAAUGGAAAUGCAGAAAGUACGACAUUGAUAUACAUUCUGGUAGCAUAUUCCGCUGUAUUUGCUUUGAUUGCAAGGGUUCUUCAGUAUCGAACCAGCAGAAAUGGCAGUGCCCCUGACACGGACUUUGCUGAGGACGUAUUGACAUCUUGGCACUUUGUGGGUUACUUCCUUUAUGCGACAAUCGAAUCCUUCGGUUCUUUAGCUGUGGCUUCAUUUUGGAGCUUUACAAACACUACUUUGUCAUUGGAAGACGCCCAAAGGUACUACGGGAUCAUUAUUGCAUUGGCCCAGCUGGGGGCUGUGGGAGGUUCCACAAUGGUGACAACAGACUACCCCGAUACUUCGCUGCUUGUCUUGGCGAGCCUGGCUAUAAUCUUGCAUCUCGUUGUCAUGGCAAUGUACCAACACCGUUUUCGACCAACAAACAUCCAAGCCAUUGUGGCAAGCAAUACCGGAGACCUCUCAGAAGUGGUAGAACCGUUUGCCAACAGCAAUCGCCGACAAAGUCUCCAAUCGUUGAUCUCUGCUGCAUCAUCUGCAAACGAAGAAUCCGCGCUUUGGUCCGGUAUUCAUCUCAUUUUGCGGCACAACUAUGUACUUUUACUCCUGGGCGUAUCGUGCCUAUAUGAAGUGUCACUCACUUGCCUGGACUAUCAGAUGAAGAUGAUUGGUUUUGAGCGCUUUCAAAACUCAGAUCACGACGGCGGCUUAAGCUUUGAAGAUUUUAUGGGACACUUUGGGCAGAUUGUAAAUGCGACAAGCUUGUGCCUCUCGCUUUUUGGGUUUAACUUCCUCAUCCGACGGCUGGGGUUGCGGUACACUCUCCGUUUGUUUCCCACGCUCUUGGUCAUUGCUACGGUUGUGGCAUUCGUUGCAUUCCCCGGAAAUCUCUACGUCUUGUUUACGUCCAUGUCGCUCCUGAAGGCAAUGACCUAUUCAAUUCACGAUCCUUCGACAGAAUUGCUUUAUCUGCCAACAUCCAACACAAUAAAGUUCAAGGCCAAAUUUUGGAUUGAUAUCGUUGGAGCCAGAGUUGCAAAAGCCAUCGGAAGCACAAUCAACACAUAUGCCGGUAGCGUGGAUCGGAGCGUCAGUGUAGGCAGCGUUCCAAGCUUUUUGACGGCAGUUCUGCUUUGGGCGGCUUGUUACUAUAUUGGGAACGACUUUGAUCAUCUCAUUGAGACCGGGACCAUUGUGGGUGUUGGGAAUGGAGAUGUUCCACCUAGACGCUUUACAACGACACCAAACGAUGACAUUCACAGUGGUAUUUACUUGCAUGACGGUGACGAAAAAGGUGAUCUUGAUGGUGUCGCAACUGCGGAAGACGAAGCAGACUUUGUGGCUCAGAGCGGCACUGACCUACUACAAGAUUCCUCCAUAGAACUGAAUGAGCUGAACUCAGCUAUGUCAUUCCAGGAUCCCGGAACAAGGCGGGUGUCCGUGUAAAGCAUCUACAAGGCUUAUUUUGAUGAGACAUGUAACUAAUGUAGGCCGUACGGUAUUUCGGGACUCAGGGUGUCCUGCCGUUGUGGGUUCACUUGGCAAUCUAAGGUUUCUUCUCUAAAGCCGCAUGGCUCUUGCUUGGCCCUGACUCCUACGAAAACGAACCGCAGACAGCGCCAAGGUCCUGCACCUAUUCUAUCUAGGAGUAGAAACAGUUCUUGGGCUGGCAGCAUGUCGCGGGACAUUCAUUUUUGUCGCAAUCUAGACUGAACUCUGAAAAGGCAGCCUCACUUCGACGGGGACCAGCCGAGCAGUAUACUUCUGGAUAAGGUCCCUCGAAAUCGUUGUAUUGUAUGAACAGAAGGGCUGUUGUGUGGUCGAGUACCAGUAUGGGAAGCGGCAAAGGAAGAAGGGAAUAGAUUAGAAAAAUACAGAGAAAAUAUUAUAGAGUGCGCAGCAGAAUCAACCACCAA